UUCAUGUAAGAUAUCGAUGGGAAAAAAGCUUGCGCAUACUGAUGUCGUCACACUAAAAAGCAGAAAUCGCUAAACAUGAUAAGAAGGAGUACGUGUGAUUUCGUUUGAUGUAGAAUUGGUACAACAUCACUUUACAUCGUUUGGCAGCAGUGUAGUAUCUUAAAUUACAGCAAUGGCUUGGGUGAAGGCAAUUCCAUCCGGUGGGGAAGAUGUUUUUGAUGAAGAUGUGGAUGAUCUGAAUCUUGAACAGAAGGAAUGGAAGUGUAACAUGGAGAAACGUGUGAAGGACGGGUACCGCGAUGGCGUAGAUACUGGCAAAGGGUCUUCCCUACAGCGUGGCUUCAAUAUUGGCUAUAGAGAAGGAGCAACACGCAUGGUAGCUAUUGGACAGCUGAAAGGAAUUAUGAGCGCCCUGCAGUGGUGGUGCCAGCUGAAACCCUCGGACCCUAACAGACUGACCUCAGUGCGUCAGCUGCUCCAGUCCGUGAUAAAGCAGGAGGAGUCCAUGCUGGAGGGGCUGAGCAUGGUUGAGCAGCCCGCCAACGUCGGGGACAUCACAGAAAUCAUUGAGGACAUGGGUAUGGGCCAGCCCAAGUCUGGGUGUAGUGACAGUUUUGGCGACACUGGCUGCAGCAGGACUGGGGAGCAGCAGGGAGACUCUGGCACACGGAAGAGUUGCGGCCUUCUUUCUUCAGCGCCUUCUAGCACAGCAGAACAGACCCUGGCACAGCUAGUAAAGAGCUGUGCGGAUUUAGUUGAGGAACUGGGACUUCCAGAAGAGCUGCUGCAUCACCUACAUCAACUGGGAAGCACCUAGCACAGGCAUUGUUUCAAAGAAACGCAUUUAUAGCUUUGCACUGAGGCCCACUUACAUCAAACGUUUGUUUUCAUCACAGGCUGUUGUUGAUGUUAAACUCUUCAACGAAGUCUUAAUUAAGAUACUUAAAGCUCUCUUUUCUACUGUAUUCUACUUUGACUAUAAACAUUUUAGCCUAUUGUAACAAUUCAACUUGAUAACUACUGCCCAAAUUUGUUUACAGCCAAUAAGGAUUUUGGGGGUAAGCUGGCUUAUGAAAAGUAUUUCUUUAAGUUUAUACAUUUUGGCAGGAUGAAUUUGGAAGGCAAAACUGAUUUUAUUACAAAGAAACACAGUAUUAUCCAAUAUUCUAUACAACCAUGAAACAAGUAGGGCAAUAGGAGUUUUUUUCCAAAACAAUUAGAACAGUUCGUGCUUUGCACAACUAUGGCACAGUCUGGAAUACUGUUUUUUGUCUGUCGGCAGAUGUUGCUGUGGCUCAGGCAGUCUUCCAGGUUUCUCUGGCUAGUUGACUUCUACUGAUUUCUUCCUUCCGCUCUCUCCUCUUUUUUCUUUACCCUAAGAGGAACUGCCUUUUUAAAACCCUAAGCUCCUCCCCUAGACUCGCACAGGUAUUACAUAUGAUAGGACCAAUUAUCCAAUUAAACAAAUCAAUCAACUUAAUCCUGGUGAGGCUUCAAUCAUUGAAGAAUAGUUAAAUUAUCUAAAAAGA